ACCUUUUCCCCAAUAACAGUUCCAUUCUGUGGCAUGUCCCAUAGGCCAGACAGUUUUUUUUUUUUUUUAAAGUUCGAAAAUUUCGUGAGCAUGAAUGAAAUGAAUCGAUGUGGUGAUCUUCCACGGAAAGUGAAAAUCGUUUUUCUAUAAUUUGCUUUUCCUUUUUUUGGGUGGGAUUGAAAUGGCAGGAUCGGAUAUGAAAUGGGUGUCUCGUUUGAUUUUCUGGUUCCUGAUUUCAUCUCAGCUUUGGGGAUUCUCAGUGCCCAAUUCACCACUUCAACAUAACUUCGAGGGUUAUAAAAAUCCUGGAGAUGGGAGGGCGCCAAAACAGAAAGAAGACAGCUUUCCUGCAAUGCAUUGCUCAAGAGAACGCAGUAGAGCUGCUUGGAAAAUAGUUCAAGAGUAUUUGAUGCCCUUUGUGGAGAAGGAUCGGUAUCAACUACCGACUAGUUGUAGACUUCAUCGAGACAAUGACAUUUACAGAGAGCAGGAAGAACACAAGAUGCACGUGGAUAUAAAUGAAUGGCAAUGCGGCUACUGUCAAAAGACUUUCUACGAGGAGAAGUUCCUCGAUAAGCAUUUUGAUAAUCGGCACCACCAUUUGCUGAAUCGGAGCCAUGGCAGAUGCCUUGCAGAUCUUUGCGGAGCAUUGCAUUGCGAUCUCAUGAUAGAUGCCAAAAAACCGAAAUCCAAGUGCAAUCCUGCAGCUGCUGCAAGAAAUCGGCACUUGUGUGAGAGUUUGGCAGAUAGUUGUUUCCCUGUUAAUAAGGGUCCUUCAGCCAGCCGUCUUCACGAAUUCUUUUUGCGCCAAUUCUGCGACGCACACGCAUGCACAGGAGGAUCAAAGCCUUUAUCUAGAAAGAUCAAGAAGAAGAGUGUAUUCUACAUAGCUGCCUCCAUCAUCACUUUGAUGUUGCUUCCACUCUUUUACAGCUUCGUCUACUUGUACCAGAGAGGGUUAAGAAGCGGAACCCGAGAGCUGAAGCGGAUAACCCGCCAUGAUCGUCCCAAGAAAAAACCGUAUUGAAGGGGAAAUGGUGUGUUCGGAUCGGAAUCAGCAGGAGAGAGGUUCUCAUAUGGAAAUAGGGUCUCUGCUCGGUGGAGAAUUUGAAAGAGAAGCGAACUCAUUUCGUGUAAACGUCAAGAACGUAGAUUGGCAAAUAGUACAAAGGACGAUUGCUUCGUCAAAUCCACAGCCUCAUAAAUGAAUCUGAGAACUCAGUGGGAGAUUUGGUCGAACACUAUGAGUUCAUGGGCUUGUUUGAGUAAUUCCUCAUCUGGGCUGUUGUUCAAUGGGCUCAUUAUGGGCCGCAUAUAUUAAUGUUCGACUUA